GGUAUCAUCUCAGUCGGUAAUGUUCCCAAGUGACAUGGAAAUCCCCUUAGCUUUCACUUGAAUUUGGUCAAAAUUCUUUGGAAAAGGGCUAAUGUGGGGAGGGUGUGGAGAGAAUAAAUUGAGCACCUCCUUGCCUGAGCUCACAGUUGAGCUCCUCCGAAGUGGCAGAGCAGCACCCUGCCCAGGAAGAGCCCUCACGCAGCCACCAUGCUCACUGCAAGGACAGCCCUGGUGCUCACGGCACUGCUCACCCUGUCCCUGUGCUGCGAUGCAGCCCCUUCCUCACCAAGUGAGUGCUGCUAUGAUUACAGAAAUUCCCGUCUCCCGCUGGCUAAACUGAAGGGAUACUACAUAGCUCCCCCGGAAUGUUUUGACCCAGCAAUUGUGUUUGUGGUCGGGAACGGGACCAUGGUUUGUGCACACCCGGAGACUGACUGGGUGAAGAAAGCAGUCAAGUAUCUUGAAAAAAAGAAAGGACGUCGUGCCUCGUGAUGUAGAGCAGGCUACCCAACAUCCUAGUGGGAAGGAAGGUUUAUACUCAUCCUCCUGGAAAGGCCUGCGGAGGCCCGUGGUGCUGAGGGAUGUCACUGAGUCCCCAGAGCAUGGCACCACAUCGACCAGCUGGGCACCAGCUCCUGGGGCACUGCCAGCCCUGCCAGCAUCUAUCACUGAGCACAGCCAUGAAAUAAAGAUUUUCUUCAUGUGGUA